UGUUUAUUGCUUGUCUAAACUCGCAUCUCAAUCGCCGGCAUAAACAAGCAGAAGAAACUAAAUUAUUUAUCAAAAAUGUCGAACUUUGUGAAUUUGGAUAUCUUUUCGAAUUACCAAAAGUACAUAGACAAUGAGCAGGAACUCAGGGAGAACAUCCGCAUUGUUGUGCGCGAAAUCGAGCAUUUGGCGAAGGAAGCCCAGAUUAAACUGCAGAUUAUACACAGUGAUUUGAGUCAGGUUAGUGACGCCUGUGGUUUGGCCCGUAAACAGAUCGAAGCCUGUGCCGAAAAGUACCAAAAGUUGGCCAACUUGGUGCCAGCUGGACAAUACUAUAGAUACUCAGAUCAUUGGACUUAUAUCACACAGCGUUUGAUCUUUCUCAUUGCCUUGGUUAUUUAUCUGGAGGCGGGUUUUUUGGUUACCCGCGAGACAGUGGCCGAAAUGUUGGGAUUAAAAACCAGUCAGUCUGAGGGUUUCCACUUGGAUGUUGAGGACUAUUUGCUGGGCAUCCUACAAUUGGCCUCGGAACUCUCUAGAUUUGCAACCAAUUCUGUGACCAUGGGCGACUAUGAACGUCCUCUAAAUAUCUCGCACUUUAUUGGAGAUCUUAAUACAGGAUUUCGUCUGUUAAAUCUAAAGAAUGAUGGUUUGAGGAAACGCUUUGAUGCCUUAAAAUAUGAUGUUAAGAAGAUUGAGGAGGUCGUCUACGAUGUUAGUAUACGAGGUCUGUCCAACAAGGAGAAGGAUCAGCAGGAGGAGCAGGCUACUCCUCUUACUGAGUAGUGGACAUCGUACUUAGGCUAACAGACAUUUUUUAAGACCUUAAUUAAACUGAAAGAGUUCCAUUCAAAAAAGCAUUUAUAUUUGGUAAAUAUAUUGAUAUAUAUCUCAUUCAUUGAACAGAAAGCUAUUGCUAUUUUUCAUUGCAUUUUAUAAUGCAUUGUUGGUUUCCGUAAUGAAUAUCCAGUUUGUAAUUGUAAGAUUCAAAUUAGUUGUUAAUUUGUAAGGCAAACUUUUAGUUGACGUUGCAGAUAAUUUGAUUAUAUUACCCAUAAUAAACCUAACUUUUUAGGAACGUGCCUAAUGAGAAUAAACUUUAAGAAGUUGUCAAAGGA